CAAAACCCUGAAAUGCAAAAAGUUCUGUUUGUCCCCUUCUUACUCAUCUACCUCGUGACCAUAGCGGGCAACCUGCUUAUCCUGGUGACCAUCGUGGCCAGCCGGUCCCUGGGUUCCCCCAUGUACCUUUUUCUGGCUUAUUUAUCAUUUAUAGACACUGUCUAUUCUACUGCCAUUGCUCCCAAAAUGAUCACCAACUUGCUUCAUGAGAAAAAGACUAUUUCCUUCCAGUCUUGUAUGAUUCAAGUCUUUAUAGAUCAUCUGUUUGCUGGUGCUGAAGUCAUUCUUCUGGUGGUGAUGGCCUAUGACCGAUAUGUAGCCAUCUGUAAACCUCUUCAUUAUUUGAUCAUCAUGAAUCGGCAGGUAUGUGUUCUCAUGCUGCUGGGGGCCUGGACUGGAGGCUUUCUGCACUCAUUGGUUCAAUUUCUCUUCAUUUAUCAGCUCCCAUUCUGUGGCCCCAAUGUCAUUGACAAUUUCCUGUGUGAUAUGUACCCCUUAUUGAAGCUUGCUUGCACCAACACCCACCUCAUUGGACUUUCUAUGAUAGCUAAUGGAGGGGCAAUCUGCACUGUUGUCUUCUUCACUCUCUUAGUUUCUUAUGGGGCCAUAUUACACUCCCUUAAGACUCAUGGAGUGGAAGGAAAUCACAAAGCCUUCUACACUUGUGCAUCNNNNAUGAUGGUGGUCAUUUUAUUCUUUGUUCCCUGUAUCUUCCUGUAUGCAAGGCCUAAUGCCAAUUUUCCCAUUGAUAAAUCCAUGAUGGUAGUUUUAACUUUCAUAACUCCCAUGUUGAACCCCUUAAUCUACACCCUGAGAAAUGCAGAAAUGAAAAAUGCCAUGAAGAAACUUUGGAAUAAAAAUGUGACCUUAGGUGGAAAAGGGCUGUAUCCCUCAUGUAGGACAUGAUAUUCAUUCUUUUACAGAAUCACAGCAUACUUUAAACUAUCAGUGAUUGCAUUUA